GGUGGAGGUAGUGUCAGAGACGCAGAAGUAACCCCGCUCAGACGUCGUCAUGGCCCCCGAAGCUGUACCUCUCGUGGUCGUUCCUGAAGCCCACCUCAGGAAGCUCGUCAAGGAGGUCGUUAGCAUCCCCCUGGUCUCGUCCGUCACGCAGAAGGUCUCCACCACCCACGAGAAGCUUUGUAGUACGGUGCCGCUCUAUGACUGGCUGACGGCGACCGCGCUGUUGACGACGAAGGUGGUCGCUUCGAAGGCUGAGGAGUACGCUGUGGUCAAGACGUCAGUUCUCAAAGCGGAGGAACUGGGCCUCCAUGUGGUAGACAACUUGAAGAAAAAUUAUCCUGUUAUUGAGAAGCCUACCGAAGAGGUAGUAGAGCGGACUUCUGUUUACGUCCGCCAGAAGAUCCAGCUGGGAAAGAGUCGCGUGGCCUCCUAUUCUGUAAGUCAAGCCACCUGUCGCGCAACAGAGGCUGCCAUAAAGACUGCUGAGGUUGCUUGCGAUACCUUGAGGAUAGACCGGAAGGAAAACUGGCUCGCUUCGAUUGUCCCAGCGCCACUGAGGACUCUAUAUAACUAUACAUUUGGUCCAGCCUUGGCUAAAACGACUCGGCAGCUGCGCAACGGAAGGCGAACAGUAAGAGCUUUGAGGCGAUCUGGCGCGGUGCACACGGCCGUUGAGAACCGUAUCAAGCGCCGCCGGAAGGUUUCUCCACGCAAAUCUACGAAGGACCAGCCCAGUAGUGGUCUGUGGGCGUGGCUAAUUAGUUUCUUGGCCGUGUUUGGCUUGGCUUCGAGUCCCGCCCACUCCUCCCCGGCGGAGCUCCCGAAGCUCGACCGCGAACUGACCUCCAGCCCCAAGCAGCAGGAGGGAACUACAGAGGACAAGAAGAGGAAGCUGUCUGACGUGGAAACGGAAGACGCCACCUCGGUCGAGGAAAUGAGUCACUUGGACCUUCUUCACGACAUGGACGACUACCGUUCAGACGAGGACCCCGACUAUUCGCCAAGCGACACCUCCACCGACAGCCUCGAGUACAGGUCGACGGACCAUGAGGAGAGCGAGGCGCCCUUCACCGAGGACGACUUCAAGAAGGAACCCACGAAGGCCAGCGAAGGAGAACCUCGGUCCUCUGGGGCAGCAGCGCCCCCGGGAGGCGAAAGCAGCCAGGUGACGACCAAGGUGUCCCUGACGGUGGUCGCACCAGAGGACAAGCCUGCGGAAGGGGAUGCCCCCGAGGUUGGGAAGCCGGCGGCGGAGGUGGAGUAGGGAUACGGAUAUUGUUAUGACAUUUAUAUAAGUUUUAUUGUAUUUUUAAUAACUAGUUUACUUCUAUUUAA